ACGAAUUAGGUAUGCAAACAAUAAUUAACUGUACCUAUUUGUUUUUAUUUAUCAGAUCAAAACCAGAUGAUAUCAAACACACAUGUGUCAACCUCAAUAAACUCAGCAGUCACAUAUCAGCCCUCAACAUCUGCAACUCCUCAACCUCAGUAUGCCCCUGGUCGAAAAUGCUCUUUAAGAAAAACAAACGCUGAUAACAAAUUAAUAUACAAGUUAAAACAGAAGUUGACCAAAAUGUCCAUUAAAUGUAAAAAUGUCAAUAAAAAGAUACAAGCAGCCAAGAAAAUAUCAAUGAACAAAGCGUUUUUGAAAAUAAUGGAAAAGUUGCCUGAAGAAGUACAAACUUUUACAAAAAUGCAGCUGAAAGAGCAUAAAAUUCUACCUGAGGAAUGUGAAGGAACAGCAGAUUUCAUUUUAAUAUUUGAUAAACUUUUCGAUUCUUUUAACGGUCAUUCUUAUCAAGGUUCACCAAAGCCAUAUAAACAAUGUUUGAAAAAUAAUUCACCCCAUUUUCAGCUGUGGAAUGAUUUGUUGCCGAUUUUAGAAUCUAUUAAAUUUGAAUCAAUAGUUAAAAGAAAUAAUUGUGAGUUGAUUAAGCAUGAAUCGAUUCCCUCAAUCAGAAAUUGGAUACAUAAUAUUAAAACUUUUAAUGAAAUGUGGCAAUACUUGCAUGCAAAAUAUAAAUUAAGAAAUGUAUUAACUCGAAAUUUUAACCAAGAUCCAUUAGAAAAAUUUUUUAGUAGUAUAAGGAGCAAUGGUAUUCGUAAUGUUAAUCCUAAUUGCAAACAGUUCAUCAGUGCUUACAAAACAUUGUUGAUUAAUAAUUUUAAUUCUGUACAUUCUGUUAGAGCCAAUUGUGAAAACGAUAAUAGCAAAUCAUUUCAAUCAAUUACUAAUUUACUUUAUAAAAAGCCAGGUAAUUCAGACCACGAUGAUUUUGCAUGUGAAAUUGAUACACUAAUAAGAACGAUGACCGAAAUAAAAAAUAAUAAUUCUUUGAUUUAUAGCGAAUCGAAAAAAUACGUUACUGGGUACGUAAUUAAAAAAAUUAAAUCGAAGAUUUUUAAAAACUGUAAAAUUUGCAUGCGUGAUUUCUGUAGAUCUGAUGUGGAUUUUCAAUCAUUCACUUACGAAGUUGAUUAUACAAAAAAAUCAUUGUUUCAGCCAAGUGAAAGUUUUAAUAAUUUGAUGAGUGAUAUUUAUCAUGUUAUUGUUGCAUGCUUACGCGAUUAUCCUGAAUCAAAUGUACUUAAUAAGAAAAUAAAAUAUAUGAUAAAUUGUGCAUGUGAUUAUAAUGUUAUAUCAUGUGAUCAACAUAAGGAGGUACUGAUUGAGUUUAUUAAUGAUCUUUCAAUUAAAUUAAUUAUACAUAGUUGGUGCAAUGGGGUGAAUAGAAUUUUGGCAGGUAAAAUAACAAAAUUUGAUAAGAAUGACCAAAUCAAACAACAAGCGUUUGAAAUGUAUAAAAAAAAGUUUAAUAAAAAAUAAAAUGUAAUAAUGUUUAGUCAACGAAGUCCAGAAUCAAGAAAACACCAAGUCAAUUUUAAUGAGAAUAUCAAGGUUUAAGUCACAUUUUCGAAAAAGAGUUUAGAGUGAGAGAGAUAUGAAAUUUAGUUUUAUAUUAAUUUCAUGAGUAUGGAAACUUUUAAAGACACAAGUAUUACUGCUCACUUGCAGAAUAAUUUGAAAUUAUUAUUAAUAGUUCAAAAUCUUCAAUAACUUUCAUUGUCAUCAUUAAUCAUCAUAAUUGAAACUAAUGAUAUAAAAAAAAACCUUCACAUAUUUUCAGUAACUAAAUAUUAUUAUAAAAUUAAUGUUUAUCACAAAUAUUUGAUACUAAAAAGUGUGAGUACUAAAUUACUUUUGUUUAAAAUUACCAAGUAUUUUCUUAUCACGGCUUACUAAUGAUAUUAUAGAUUUUUUUCUAUAUUUUAUGUAACUUCUGGGCUUAUUAUGAUAU